AAGUGGCAAGUUGAUAUAGGAACAAACGUACUUUCCGUACACAAAUGAACAAAAUGGCAGCCCACAUGAAAAUUUUGACGAGGUCAACCCUACUUCGGGCGAUAACAAAGCCUGCGGUGGUGAGCCCUCUUGCUGUGGGUAGUCAACAACACGAUGUUCAACAGACCAGAAACUAUCCAACGUCCAAGCAUUACGAUCUGAAAUGGAGGCAGAAGAGGAGGGAGAAAGUUUUGGAGAUUGAUCUCCCGAAAUUUGUAGAGCUGAAGAAAGACAAAAAGAAAGAGAACAGGACCCCAGAUGAAAUUCGGAUGGAGAUGAAAAAGGAGGGACGUCUGCCGCCUCGAUUUCAGCAAGAUUUGCCCAUCAAUACAUCAUGCACUCGCUCCGUCAUCGAACCGUACAAGCCAAAAGAUGGGGAUGGACGACAGACAGAAAUUCUAACCUCAGGUAUCUCGGACAACGUGUCGAGAAUGGUUCAGGGCACCAAGUCUCUGAAACACGUGCGGAAACUGAAGAAAUUUGAGGACUUUGUGGAGUCGGAGUUUGCCGAACAGGCUCAGAAUAUUGUGAUCGAGACCCACGACUUGUUGCAAGACGUGUACAAGAACCAAGAGCGUCUGCACGAGCUGGUGACUGAGAAAGCGUUCCCGGAAAUGGUCCAUGGGAUGGAGUCGAAGACGAUGCGCUGGCGGUUCGUGGAGUCAGUGGAGCCGCCCAAGGUGGUUCAGAUUCGCGUGGAGGAGAUGAUCACACAGGACAACCUGUUUGCCCAGGUCACAGUUCGCAUGCACACCAAACAGAUCCUGGCCAUCUACGACCGGUUUGGCCGACUCAUGUACGGAGACCCCCAUCUGGCCAAGUCUGUGGUGGAGUACGUCAUCAUGGAGAAGUGGAUCUCGGACACGUACGGGACAUGGAGAAUCCACGGCAAAGUCAUCCCAGACGGGGCCCCGUCCAGAGACGCGCUGCUCCGCACCUACAAGGUGCCCGUGUUUGAGCCGCUGCCCCCGCUGGAGGAGAAGGAAGGAGGAGAGAAGAAGGAGGAGGGGGAGGUGGACAGAAUGACGGGGGGCGGGGGUUUGAAGCCUGCCUUAGCCUGAGAGACUGCUGUGCCGUAAGCUGACAAUGACGAAACGCGUUUUUUCAUUUUGGUGCCAAAUUUUUUUAUGUGCUUUAUAUCGAAAGCCUGAUCAGUUACCCUACUUGUGUGAAAAGAAAUCAGACUGAAACUGCGACUUGUUUUUGAAUAAAUUAGAAUUUAAAUUCUGGAAUGACUUUAUUUUUAAAUGAUUGCACUGACAAAAAACCCCCAUAUUUUCUCGAAAUUUCUCUGAAGAAAAAAAAGAUGUUUUGUCAUUUUACAACAGUGCUGUGGGGAAUGGGUGAGGCGCCGACCCUACUGCGUGUUCAGACCAAAGAUCCAUGUGUGUAUCCGGGCCUUUAUCCGUCAAACGGAUAGACCGGAUUACUUCUCGUAUCUCUCCACUAGUGGUCAGACUUUGACCAAUUUAAUUUAUGAUAACAGGCAGCAUUUGUUUAGUGCAAAUCCCCACUGGACAGCAGGCUCUGUGCACUUUACAGUCUAGAUAUAUUCUUACCUUCUGAGCAGACCUGAUAGCAUUCUGAAACAACCUCAACUUCCUGGGAAGCAUACAGUGCAAGCUGCUACUUUACAGACACUAACUAAGACACUAAUAUACUAACAAGCUCUUUCGCUGCUAAUGGUCGGGUACCCUUCUCACCUGGGUGAAGUGAGGAAAAUUCGUGUAAAGUGCCUUAGCGUCGGGUCUGAGUCUCAACCCCCCACCCCCAAACCCAAAACCUCACGAUUACGAGCCCAAUAGCCUAAGCACGCCCUGCCACAUAAUGGAGAUCAACAGUGGUCUGUGUAGUUGGCUUUACGGUGGUCGUAAGAUUUCAGGAUUUCUUCGGUAAAGACCCAUGGAGUUGGGCAAGUUCAGCCAAAUUUUUUGAAGUACAUUUUUUGUUGAAAUGGUGAAACCUGAUACAAUAUUGUACUCCCAGUUAAAUUUUGAUGAGAAAACGUACCAAAUAUAAAGAAUAUAAAUUCAGCUUAGUUUGUCAAUUCUGGAGAAAUUAUAAAAAUGGUCCUGUCAUGGGUCCUCAUUUUGCCCAGGGUGAAAAAGGCACUCCCAACGAAUAAACAGGUGGUGUUUUAUUAACUCUAUGACCCCAGUCAGCUACUGUCCAUUAGAUGGAUGGAUGGACGGGUGGAUGGAUGGAUGAAUGAGUGGAUGGAUGGAUGAACCGAAGGAAGGACGGACGGACUGAUGCGGAUCUUUGGUCUGAAUGCCUCACUAGCCCAAGAAACUGCUGUGGAAGUGAGUGGGUAUGGUUUCUGGGUUUUGGGUUGGGUUUCAGCUUUUUUAUGUGUGGACGAUGUCUGUCAGUUGGUUUGUGGAGUAGUAUUAUUUAUGGUUUUGUUUGGAGAAAAGAUUUGAUUGUUUGUAGAAGUUGGAAAUGUGAUGAAGAUUUUGACAGUGACAUGUUGAAAGUUUGAAAAUAGAGUGAUAGGUAAAUUAGAUUUGGAAGAGAGAGAGAGGGAGAGAGUGUGUGUGUGUGUACGUGUCUGUUUGUGUGUAGUGAGAGAGAGAGAGAGAAAUGCAGAAGUAGAAUAAGGGGAGCUUAUUUAGAGAGACGGAGACAGAGAGAAAGAGACAGAAACAAAGAGAGAGAGUCAGAGAGACAGAAACAAAGAGAGAGAGACAGAAACAAAGAGAGAGAGUCAGAGAGAGAGAGAGAUUAUUUACAAAAUAAGUCUGAGGUAAUGAUAUAUGUCUCUGUUUUUUGGUCUCUCAAACUCAACAAAGGUCACUUCGUUUUUGUUUUUGUGUCCCAAUAUUGCAAAAACUUGGAGGAAUAAAAGUGGCUAUUGCUUCGACCUCUUC